UGUGCGCUGGUUCUUGGGGGUGUGAGUGUACGUGUGUUAGCUCCGCCCCCACGCCUUCUUCUCCGUGACGUUCUGGGCAGAAUGUCACCAAUCGGCUUCAGUUGUAGAAAUGGCAGCGCUGAGACAGGAGCAUCGGUAUGGGCUCUCCUGUGGAAAAAUUAACAAAAACAACCCGAGUCAAAGUCUUUACCACGUCAAACUCACUGACACGGCCAUCCGGACCCUGGAAGCCUUCCAGAACCUGAAGGCUUCACUAUCAAACCAGCCAGUAAUUUGCUUCAAGGGAAGCCAGGGGUACAUAAAGAUCCCAGCACCGACCACUGAAUCUCCAGAUGGAUUCAGAGUCUUCUCAUUUUACCUUUCCAGUGACAGCAAAGACAAGCCUCAGUCCAGCUUUGACUGCAUUCACCAGUUUAUCUCAGGGGGGGGCAGGGAUCACUUGGAGAGUCAGGGGAGCAUUCAAGACAAGAUCACUGUUUGUGCCACAGACGACUCUUACCAGACCACACGCGAGCGCAUGUCACAGGUGGAGAAGGACAUCUGGAGCCGCACAGCGAUUGAGAUCAAGCCAGGACCAAGUAAGUGUGUGAAGGUGCAAAGGAAACAGGGCCUGGUCUCCAGCUCUGACAGCAGUAACAAGCACUCCCCCAGCAACAAGAGGCCCCUGCUCCCCAGCCCGGUGGCACAUCGGCCCUUAAGGGAUCGCAUCAUUCAUCUCCUGGCCCUAAAGCCCUACAGGAAGCCUGAUAUGCUACUAUGGCUAGAGAGGGAGAGGGCCAGCCCAAAGGACAAGGCUGAUCUGACCUCUGUACUAGAGGAGGUUGGUAAGCUGAAUCCUAAGGAUAGCAGCUACUCUCUGAAGGAUGAGCUUUACAAACUUGUCCAGAGAGACUGGCCUGGAUAUCUGGAAGAGGAAAAGCAACUCAUCCACAGGCUUCUCAUCAGGAAACUCCAGCCACUGCACAAUAACCAGUCAAGGAGUCCCCAGUCCAACCAUUCAUUGCACAAAAGUCUUGGGGAUUCUCCCUCACGGCUCAGUCCUGCCAAAAAUCUCUCAGUGAAACGGUCACUGGUUUUGGACGCGUCCAACAUCCAAACCCCCAAAAAACAAAGGCUGUCGGAACACUGUCUGCCCUUGCAGUCGCCCUCUCAUGCAGACUGUGGCACCAAUGGGGCUCGUAACGCCUCCUCUCACGGAAACUCUUGUGCGGCGACAAAAACAGAGUUCGACAUAACCAAUAAUCAUCUUCAGGGAAACCCAAUUGGUUUGUAUUCGCCACACAAGCUCAGCAUGCCGUGUGCUAUUUCCAAACUAGACAGGACGGAACCGGCUCCCACUUUGCCCAGUCCCAAGCCUCGACACAAUGGCACCUCUAUAUGCACUGAACAGCAGCUCGCCAAUGGCCAGCACAGAAAGAAAAGGUCCAAGAAACACAAAGACAAGGAGCGAGAUCGCCUAAAGCCAGACUGGAUUGAGACUAGUCCAGACCUGAAGCAGAACCAAGAAAAUGUUAAAGCUACAGACCACGAGCGAGAGAAAACACCUGUUAACCGAGCCUCAACUGAAGAACUGCCCGACUAUUUCAUAAAAUACAGCCCUGUAACGACACUGGAGCAGCGGCAACAGUACCACGAUGACUUUUGUGCCGAGUACGAUGAAUAUAGAGCUCUUCAUGACAGAAUUGGGGCCAUCACGGAGAUGUUUGUUCAGUUGGGCUCAAAGAUCAACACUCUCACACCAGGAACACAGGAAUACAAGCUCAUGGAGGACCAAAUACUACAAAAAUAUCGAAAAUAUAAGAAAAAGUUUCCUGGAUACCGGGAAGAAAAGAAACGGUGCGAGUACCUCCACAAAAAACUGUCGCAUAUCAAAGGCCUGAUCGCAGAGUAUGACCGGACACAGGGAUUAGUUUCCUAGUGACUGCACACUACCCACACCGGGUUGCAACAAAAGUGGACCAAAAGACUCAAGGUGGACCCAAAGACUGUCCAGCCAGGUUCCAGGGAUGCUGAGACACUUUAGUUUCCUCCACAGUGUCAAUGGAAUGGAGGGUGUAAGGUGCUCUGUCAAACGUGGGCCUGGACCGCCUACUCGUGAUCAUAUGUUACCCUUUAAAGCUCUUUUUUUUCAGCUCUAUUUAUGGCUGGAAGAGCUGGUUUCAGUUCUGCUGUAAAACACGACAAGUAAAAAGGAGAGGCCAACAGAUGUGAUCCUCAUUACCUAGCUACAUAAUUUGUAAUUAUAUUUUUAAACUGGUUAAAACUUUAAAGUAGCGAUUUAUAAGUAAUUAAGUGAUGGUACAAUCAAACUUAGGGGUAUAAAAAAAAAAUUCCACUGAAAUGUUUAUAUUUAAAUACAAAAAUGUUUUUGUGAAUUUGAAGAUAGAAAAUAUAUUUAGGAUUAUGAAUUAUUAAUUUAGUACAAUAAUAAGAAACACGCUGGCAGCAUUACAUCGUGCUAGUUAUAAGUGCACUGUAAGGCUUUUUAAAUUAGAUUAAAAAUGACAAAAUAAUCAUUUGUAGAACUUAGCUUGAUUAAAAUUUGUCAUUCAUCCAAAAACUUGCAGAACUGAGACCUGAUCUAAUAUUGAUCACUGAAGUAGGAUAUAUGGAGUUGCUGCAGAGUCAAAGGCUGAAACGUGUGUCUAUGAACUACUACAAUCAAAAUGAAUUUUAUGCCUGCUAAUGUUCUGUCUCAUUUCUCAGAAAUGCCAAAAAAUACUCACAUCGGGGAAUUAUUGAAAACGUCAAAUUUGUCUUGGUCACUAAGGACGCUUUUACCAUGACAUUCCCCUGGUAAUGACCGAAGUAACCCGCACAUACAAAAAAUGGAGCACAAAUAAGUCCUUAAAUUAUAUGUAAUAAAGCAGAAUAGCACUUCCAUUUGUUAUAUGAAGUCUGGUAAUCUCGGUAUGCAGAAAAAAUGUCCCACAUAAUGAUUUUAUCACCUUGAAACUUCACUGUUUGUUUGCUGUUUUUGAGGUGAUUGCAGUGCAAUUUCUCCUCCAAACAUGGUGUGUGUAAUGACAUUCGAAGAGUGAAGCUUUGGUCUCAUCUCCCCCGAAUUCUCCUUGAGUUGUUUGGUCCGUCCAUCUGUACUGCAGCAAGUUUAAAAGGUCUUAAAUGUGCUUUUUUUUUCCAGCAGUGGAGUUUUGUGCAGUAAUUCUUAUAGAGGUCUUGGCAGAUAAGUGUAUAACUUACUGUUUUCAUGGAAAACUGUUCCUGCUAGUUACAGGUGUUUUAUAAGGCUCAUUGACUACUUUAUGGCCCUUGGACAAUUCUCCUGAUUGUUAACUUAUUCUUAGUAAUCUUAAAAAGAACACCUGGGGAUGGUUGGCUUAUGGUUAAAUGCUCUUUCUGCUUCUAGAUUAUGGCCUGCGUUUUUGCAGCCAAUGUCAGGACUAUGCUGUUAGUGAUAUUAAUUUCCACUGAUAAAGCAGUAUUUUUCUCUGCUUUUUAUGCAUUUAUGAACUUAAUUUUCUUCAAGUGAUAUUUUCAAUGUCAUUCCAUUUCACAUAACUUAUGCAGGGACUUGCAUAAUUCAUUUCUUUGUAUGUGUGGGUCACUUGGG